ACCUAUUUUUCUAUAUUAAUAAUAUAUAAAAAUAUUAUAAAUAUUAUUAUAUAUAUUAUAUUAUAUAUAUAAAUAUUAUUAGUAUGCAUACGUAAAAUUUCACUUGGUUCUUUUCUCCUUUGUUCCUAUGAAACUAAUUAUAAGUUAUGCUUGCAAAACUAUAAGUCAUAAGAAGAGAAACGGUCAAAUUAAAAUAACAUUCUACACAAUGGCAUUUAAGCAAAGAAUUGAGAGAUUAGAGUCUGACAUAAAUCUGAUUUCCACAAUUCGUGAUAUUCUCAUGUCCACUAACGAUGAUUGGCUUGUCUCCGGCACCAAAAAGUCCAAAGACAGGUUACACGACCCUGCUCAAGAAGAAGUUGAGAUUCCCGUCAGAGACUCUGUUCGGGAGAAAACUAUAAAGGAGGGGGCACUCAAUAAAAAUGUCGAGACUCGGAAGCUCACAAAGGCAAGUUUUGCAGGUCCGGAUGAAGACCUUUCGGACGAGGGCAAAAGGUGUCGUGAUAUUGAGGAAUCAGCAAAGAUUGUCAUGAUCCGUUUACAAAAGGUGGAGGAUGACUUAAGACGGGAAAAAGAAGUUAAAAGGAAUUUGCUGGAAGGAACGCUUGAAAUGAAAAAUCAGUUACAGGGUUAUCAUUCGCAAAUUGUAGAACAAGAGAAUCGAAUAGCUGGAAUGCAGGUUCAAAACAACGAACUCACAAGGGAAAUAAACCGUUUAAAAGAUGGUCGAAUCCAUGAAGUUGCCGAAUAUCAAAACAAACUUAUAAUUUUAAAAUCUGACCAAGAAAAGCUGAUCAAGCAUAAUAGAGAGUUGGAUGAUGAGGUUGAAAUUUUGAAAGCAUGUAACUCCGAGCACAAGUCAGAAAUUCACAAAACUCAAACAAACUUUACGAUGCAAGAAGGCGUAUUGAGAAAUGAAUUGCAUUCUUCGUUAGAAAAAAUCACACAAUUGAAUGAACAGAAGGGAAACACUGAGCAAAAAUUGCAACAAAUUUUUCAAAGGUUUCAACUGGUAAAAGAACGGUUAAAGUCUUCAAACCUGAAAUUGAAAAAGCAGGAGCAAAGUUUCUCAAUCCAGCUCAAAGAAAAAGAACAACGGUUAAAGUCGUUAAAUCUGACACUGAAACAAGAGCGAAUUAACUUGUCAACAAAAAUUGAUGCCGCAACCAAUCUGGUAUCAAGGACUAAAUCUUUCAUACUGUCACUUCAAAAUGAAAAACUAGUCCAGGAAAAUCAAGCCAAGAAAUACGUCCUAGAUAUCCGUCAACUUCAGCAGGAAAAUGCAUCAUUGGAGGAGAAGGUUGAAAAAUUGAAUCGCACUGCAUCUCACCAAGAAAGUUUUAGAGAGCGGUUUUGGUCGUUAAACCAGGACAAUAUUGAGAAAACUAGACAUUUGGAACAAGAGCGUGACAAACUGAAGGAACAAUGGAAGCAUGAUCAGGGAAUUAUUCACGAACUGGUAAAAACUCGGGAACUUUUGCAACAAGAGUUAAUAAAUUUAAACAAAAAUCACGAAGAAAAGAAGACCGUUGUAGAAAACAAAGAGAGAGAACUAAGGGACGAACUGAAGAGACUGACUGACAAUCUUCAGAUCUUACAAAAAAUUUCAGAAGAUCAAGGUAAAACCAUCGCCAAGCAGAGGAACGAGCUGGACGUAAAUUCUGAGCUGAGAUACAAAUUGGAACUGCAAUUACGUGAGACGCAAGAGACGGAGAAAGCCGUACUGCUUCGUUUGCGAGAUGAAGAAAAGUCCAACGGGGAUCUGGAGCAGCAAAUCUCAAGCUUAGAACACCAACUUAGCAUUCUUAGCAAAGAAGUGAAAGAACACGAUUGUGAGGACCAUGUCGAGGCUAAGUCCGUGAGCAAAGUGAAUGAGUUGCAAAAAAAGGUGUCCAGGUUGGAAAGAGAAAUUGUGUCCAAAACGGAAGAGAGUAACAAAUCUGCGGCAGCUGCAAGGAAAGCAUUCACCCAAAUCACUCUAAUGAAAGAAUCCUGCGAUCAGAAAAUGACUAAAAUGAAAAAUACCACUUGCAAUGAAAUAUUAAAAAUCCGACAGGAUUAUCAGCAACAGGAUGUUCAACGGAGCAAAAAGAUUUCAGACCUGGAGUCGGAACUUGGGAGAGCAAGAGAAUCCUUUAGGCAAAUGCAGAACGCUUAUUUCGCCAAAGUUCAGCAGUUGCAAACGGCUUUGAGCGCUUGUGUAGGACUUGGACAAGUUUCGCCUGGUGUUGGAAUGUCCUCACAACCACCAACAAUGAACUUGGGAUUUCCUUUCCAGCAAGGAUUUGCGACUGGGUUUGCUCCAUCUGGGAGUUGCGGUGCAAAUUUUAAUGUUAGCAAUGGAUUUCUUGGUGUCCCGUUUUUAUGAGUUGUACAUCAAAGUUAAGUUGAUAAUUAAUUGUAAAUAUCAUAUUAGUUUAGAAAUUGAAAAUACAUGUGACAUUUCAGUUUACAGAAAUACAACCAAAAUGCAUAUAUUGUACAUAUAUAUGUACAUAUGGUGCUUAUGAUUUCACGUCCACAAAAAAAUGGCAAUUAAAAAUGACACGGCCAGAACCAUUUCGAAUGGGACCAACCCUUUGAGCACUCUUUGAAAAUGUAAUCCUUGUCCGAUGACAGGAACUACUUUGGCUUUUAAAUAUGUAUAAACUCUUAUCCAAUGCCAAAUGUAUGUACAUUAUGGAUUACCUUCCACCGCGACGGGAUCUGUUUUCAUGGUUGGACACGCAUGAAUUUAAAUUAAUUCCGUAUUCGUUUCAUUAGUUUAA